CUUUUCACACAGUUGGCAAAGGCGACAGCAACUCAGGAAAGAGCAACAGGGGAUAAAGAAAGCGCUUUCUUUAAUAACUGAUUGUGCAACGCGCUGGGGCAGCAAAUAUGCCAUGACAGAGAGGAUCCUCACCCUGCUGCCUCACAUCAGAAAGGUUUUUGCUGAUGACAGGACUCGGCGUCACACUACCAACCAUUAGCUGGCAAGAUGUAAGCGUGCUGGAGGCUGUCACAGAAGGACUAAAGUCUGUAUCUGAAUUUACAGACAUCUUGUCAAGUGAGCGUGACGUCACCAUCUCAUCGCUGCUGCCUCUGCUUCACUUGAUUAAAGAUACUCUCAAGGAAAAAGAGACCGAUGCCAAACUGACUGUAGCCAUUAAACAAACGAUCCUGGAGCAACUUGACAGUAGAUAUGACAACGACAAGAUCAUCCAGUUAAUGCGCACAGCUGCCCUCCUUGACCCGCGGUACAAAGCUCCUCACGUGGGCAGUACUGACCUGGACUACAUCAGAACCCAGCUGGAGGAUGAGAUGGUGCUGUUUUGGAAGCAGACUACUUCCGGGCCACCUGUGACUGUGCGGGACUCUACGGAUGACGAGGAUGCACCUCCUUUCUCCCAGUCCCAGCCAAGCAAAAAGAAGAAAACACUUGGCAGUCUCCUUGGCACAAUAAAGCCUGCUGCUGUUGCAACUCCUGAGCAGCGAGCGCAGGCGGAAAUGACGAAUUACCUCCAAGAAGAGGUAGUUGACGGAGAAACCAACGCUCUUGAAUGGUGGAAAAGGAACGAAAGCCGCUUACCCUUAAUGGCAAAAAUUGCACAGAAAUAUUUGUGCAUUCCUGCGACCAGCACGCCAUCGGAGCGCAUUUUCAGUAAAGCAGGGAACUUUGUAACCCGGUACCGCAGUCUGCUAAACACAUUUUCUAAGAAAUUCUACCGUUUAACUAAGCUUUUUUAUCACGAUGAUGAUUAA